AUGGGUGAUGAUACUGUUCCAAGAGUUCAAUCAUCAGUUGGGGCUUCAUCAUCUUCUCUCCUUAAGCAAUCCCCCUUUCUAGUGAAUCAACUUGAUGUGCCUUUGCUAAAUACUCCACAAUUUCGCAGUCAGAUGCGACAAUUUUCCCCUAAUAUGACCGCGGACAAUAGUGUUAAAAGAGUUGGCAUUCCACCUUCCUAUCCACAAAUGCCACCUAUUUCGCCCUACUCACAAGUUCAGGUUAACCGCCCUUCGAAUCAGCAAAUGGGUAUGCAGAAUUUUAGUCCUAGUGCAGGGCCAUCACACUCGCGUUCAUUAUCACAACCGUCAUUCUUUUCUCUUGAUUCCUUGCCGCCCUUAAGUCCUUCACCUUAUCGAGAGUCACCCGCUACUUCAAUUUCUGACCAAGUAUCUGCUGAUGCAUCAAUGGAGGAGAGGGAUGGGAACCUACAUUCAUUGUUGCCGCCUUCGCCUUUCACAAGGGGUGGUUCAUUAAGGGGCGGGGAGGGUCUUCCUCCUAGUAAGGCACAUAGAAGGUCUAAUAGUGAUGUCCCUUUUGGGUUCUCUACCAUGAUGCAGCCACCACCACUUAUUCCGCUAAGGAGCCCCGGUGCUUUGGAGAGGUUACAAGAGAAUUCGGGGGCUAAACCUGUGCAAUUGGUUAAACGGGAGUCGAGCUGGGAGAAAGGUGGUGGGAGCAACGUUGAAGGAAUGGGGGAGAGGAAAUCUGAAGGGGAAAUUGUAGAUGAUCUGUUUUCUGCUUAUAUGAAUUUGGACAGCAUUGACGCCUUUAACUCUUCUGGUACUGAUGAGAAGCUAGGAAAUGAAAAUCGUGAAGAUAGUAGGGCUAGUGGUACAAAGACAAAUGACAGUAGUGAUAAUGAAGCCACAAGUAGUGUCAAUGAGAGUGGCAACAAGAUUCAGAGACCGAGGGAGGGGAUCAAAAGGAAUGCUGGGGGUGAUAUUGCUUCAACCACUCGACACUACAGGAGUGUCUCUAUGGAUAGUUUUAUGGGAAAUGUGAACUUUGACGAGUCACCCAAGUUGUCUCCUUCUCCGGGAACAGGCGCAGGUCAACUUUCACCAACCAAUUCAAUUGACGGAAAUUUAAACACCUUUAGCUUGGAGUUUGGUAAUGGUGAGUUUAGUGGGGCUGAACUCAAGAAGAUUAUGGCAAAUGAGAAACUUACAGAGAUAGCAAUAAGUGAUCCCAAGCGGGCCAAAAGGAUCUUGGCCAACCGUCAAUCUGCUGCUCGUUCAAAAGAGCGAAAGAUGAGAUAUAUAGCGGAGUUGGAACACAAGGUCCAAACUUUGCAGACUGAAGCCACCACAUUGUCUGCCCAACUUACUCUACUUCAGCGGGAUUCUGCUGGACUGACAAGCGAGAACAAUGAGCUGAAGUUUCGCCUGCAAGCCAUGGAUCAACAGGCACAGCUUCGGGAUGCAUUAAAUGAAGCAUUAAGAGAGGAGGUACAGCGUUUGAAGAUUGCAACUGCUGAACUAAGUGGAGAUUCAUCCAAAUUUCAGCAGCUUUCACUUAACCCCUCAAUGUUCCAAUUACGCCAGCAGCAGGCAACUCAAGUUAACAUGCAACAAUUGCAGCAGCAGCAGCAGCAGCAAUCUCAGCCACAUCAACAGAAUGGUAAUACAUCGAAAAAAAGUGAAUCGAAGCAAUAG